AUGGAAUACAGCAGUGAUGUACCCGCGUGGUUGGAGCGCAUUCCUCAUCACUCUCUCCGCAUUGCGUCGGCCAACCUGAAGCGUUCUUAUCUCCGGUUGAAAGCGCUCCAGCUGCACAUGAGUGAGAAGGGUGAACGUUGGGAUGUCAUUGCUCUUCAAGACCUUCCCAAAGAGUUUGCCUUCACGCAGACCCCUGGCUUUGAUUUAUUCUACUGGGCAAAUCGUGAAGUAGAAGAAAGCGACAAGCCACCCCCACCAUGGGAAUCCCGAAAGAAGCCUGAUACGACAAAAGUCCAGGAGGAUGAUGGCACUAAGCCCAAAGAGCCUCUGGAGCUUGGCUUAUUGGGAUUCUAUAUUGCACAGUAUAUUUCAUCCUUGAAUUGGGCCACCAGCAGGCCACUCGAUGGUGCAAACAGGGACUUAGUCGCAACGCUUCAUCUUACCACUGAGGAUGCGAUAAUCGAUAUCCACAACAUCUAUAACCGCGAGAACCAGCUCGACUUGGACGAACUAAUCACCUAUGCUGCGGGGUCUGAGCACGUGAUUUUCGUGGGCGAUUUCAACAUUGAGCAUCCCGAAUCAAAAAAAAGAAGUCGCAAGUCGCUUACUUUGGGAGGAAAGAUGAAGGGCGCGAACAUGGUGUGUUUGACACCCAGUGAUAAAAUCACCUACUCUCGCUCCCUCCCAAGGAAGGACGGACUCCACUCUUCAACCAUCGAUCUCAUCUUUGUGAGCAAGGCCCUUCUUGAUCGUGCCCCUAGUAGAGAGGGGGCUUGCCGGGUCUUGAACGUCAAGGGAUUUGAGACUGAUCAUCGCGUCACCGAAACGACUAUAAACAUCAAGCCCGUUGAGGCGGUUGGCGUCCAGUACCUCUGGAAACUUCUCGACCAUGAACAGGUCAGAAAAUAUAUGCGAGAAGCGCUCGAACCGCUGGGAUUCCCGCCCAUCAAGACUCAGCAGAAAGCCGACGAAUACACAGUGGCGGUGUGGAAAGCGAUGGGAUCAGUUAUCGAAAGCCAAGCGCAGACCAGGCGACACAGCUCCCGCCGCCAGCACCAAGCUCCGCGGUCCCCUGAACUCAAGGAGCUGAUGGAGAAGGAAGCUCAACUCUCUCUGGAGUAUGAGGAGAACGAAAAUCGACAGACCCUCGCGGCUUGA